UAUCCCCUUCCUCAUAUCCCUUCCCCUCUGUCUUUCCCACGAAAAUUAGGCACCUUGUCGCCCACCGCCCAGGAUCUACAAGCUACGUGCCCACGAGAUUCAGUGCCCAUUUGGACUCUCACAAGAAGGAUGGAAGCACAGGCAUCAACAUCAAAUGCUUCUGAGUAUUGGUAUUCUCACCCAGCAUAUGCAAGAUACUGGCAGCAUUAUCAUCAAGCAAUGGCUUGGAUGCGAAACCACCAGAAAGCCUACAGAAAGGCCAUGCAAUUCUAUUUCAGUUUUUCACAGCAUUUCCCUUCUACAGUUUCUUCCCCAAGUUCUUGUGAUAAUGAGGCUAGAGAUCCUCAGUCUUUCAGUGACCAUCACGUAGCCCAGCAGGACUACCAUCGCAGUUCACAAUUCAGAAGGUCUAGGAAGCAGCGACACGUUAGCAGAAGGUUCCAGGUAUCCUCAAGAGAAGAGCAAACUACCUCCCAAGAUGAGGAGGAAGAGAGUGAGUCAGACGGGGAGAUAGAAUGUGACCUGAGCAACAUGGUAAUCACGGAGGAGCUCCGCCAGUACUUUGCAGAGACCGAGAGGCACAGAGAAGAGCGACGGCGGCAGCAGCAGCUGGACGCACAGCGCCUGGAUGACUAUGUGAAUGCCGACCAUGACCUAUGCUACAACCUCCAUAGGUCAGUCAACCCCCCGACUGAGAGGCCGGGCGAGCGGCGCAAGGCCGAGAUGAAGCUCUUGUAUGGGGACAGCGCUGCCAAGAUCCAGGCCAUGGAGGCGGCGGUGCAACUGAGCUUUGACAAGCACUGUGACAGAAAGCAGCCCAAGUACUGGCCUGUCAUUCCCCUGAAGUUCUGAGCUCUGGGCUCAGGGACCCCUGCGAGUGCUGUCUGCAUAGGGUCCCCAGACUUACCCCCUUCCUUUUGGGUAUACUCCCUUCAUCUUACAGUUAUCAGGAAAAAGGAACUUUAUGCUAAGAUACUACCAUGUUCACCAGAAUCCCAGUGGGCACUCACAGGGUAGAGGUAAUACUCCUGUCACUUAGAAUUGAGCAGGACCUAUACUGUUGCCAAUAUGAGAAAUUUUCUGACAGAAGAUGAUAAUUUUGUGUCUCCUGCAUUGGUUUCUGAUGCUGAUAACUGUUCAGUUCGUUAAAGUUCUU